AUGGCGACAGCCUUCCUCUCUGACACACGGGGCAUGGGCUUCAUGCAGCCAACCUCUCACAGCUACAUUGAGCAAGGCAUGCAGUGCCUAGAUAAAAUCUUUAAUGCCUUCUGGGCCAAGCUGCAGGCCCGAAUACAGCAGCCACAACAGAAGCCCAUAACAGUGGAAAGGAGCGACGUAGUGCCGAAGAAGGGGGAACCAACUGUGGGUAAAGACUCACCUACGCACACUCCAGCGAAAAACCGUCAUCAAAUGCUGAGAGUCUCCCACAAGACAACCUUCGAGCAUUCUGGACGAAAACCUCCAGCAAGAGCAGGCACUUACCAUCAAGCACCUCCAGCUACCCCAGUUGGAUCCAAGACGCUGGCCCUCACCCAGGCCUGGAGAUGGAGAGAACACCUAUCUCGGCGCUGA